UUGCAAAAGUGGCACCCUAUUAGAGAAAGACAACAUACCUUCUUUCCAUAUACCAAGCAUUAAUAGAAGGUAUGGUGUCUUUGUCUUACACAUUGACAUAAGAGAGUCUGUCUUUCUCUAACAGGGUGCCACUUAUGCUAACCUACACACGCAGUCUAUCUCUCUUAUGUCUAUGCAUGACAGUUUAUCCAACAGUUUUAGGUUAAACUACUUAAGUUACUUGUUUAUCACGGAUUGAAUUUAUAUUUUCGUCAUUUUUGUGUUGAAAAAUAAUUAUUCAUUUUAUCUAAUAUAUAGGUGUUUUUUCCCUAUCUCUUUUGUUGUGUACCUUGUUUUUCUCAUCUGUCGGACGUUUAGCAACAUCCUUGUUUAAUUAAAUAAAUAAAUAAUAAUAAUACAUCAAGCAAUUUUAACAAAUAAAAUAUGGAAGGCCACAGCAAUUGUGGAUUAAAAAGAAUUUUAUCAAAAUUAGAAAGUUCUAUUAAUGCUGGUGAUUAUUACGAAGCACAUCAAAUGUAUCGAACUUUAUAUUUUCGGUAAUACACUACAGCGGUACAAUGUACGAUUUAUUAAGCUGGACAACAAUCAAGUAAAUAUUUAUUUAUUUAAUUUUUAAAUAAUUUGAUAUCUGGGACAAAAAAAAUAUCAUGAAUUGAUUCAGAUGUUAUACAACGGUUCUCUUCUACUUUUGCAAUGUGAACAAUAUACGAGUGGCGCGGAUUUGGGAAUCUUGCUUAUUGAUGUUUUUAAAAAAGCAGAAAUCAAACCAACACAUAGUUAUUUUCAAAAAAUGAUUGACUUAUUCACGCUAAUGAAUCCAGUAUGUCCAGAAAGAGAAACAUUUGUACAGAACGCUUUACGAUGGAGUAUGACGGGUUCUACUUACAAGACGGGGCAUCCUGAUUUUCAUCGAAAACUGGCUCAAGUUUAUUGGCAGGAAAAAAAUUAUCCUCUUGCUAGACAACAUUAUUUGUAUACUAAAGAUGGCUUUGGAUGCGCGUCGAUGUUAAUUGAACUACAUCAAAAGCAUGGUUACUCGAACGAAAUUGACUUUUUUAUAACUCAAACAGUUUUACAAUAUCUUUGCUUGCAGAAUGCGGAAGCAGCAGAAGAAGCUUUUACUUCUUUUAUCAACCAACAUCCGAAAAUAGCAAAACAACCACCAUUCAUUCUGCCUUUAUUAAAUUUUUCCUUUUUUCUGUUAAAAACAAUACAGUUUGGGAAAAUUUCUAUGUUUACCAUACUCUGUGAUCAGUACUUUACGAGUUUAUCUAGAGAUCCGUGUUUUCUGCAGUAUCUUGAAAAGAUAGGACAGAUAUUUUUCGAUGUCCAACCAUCUCAAAUUUAUAGUAGAAGAGGAUUAUUUAGUUCAUUUUUACAGUCAUUUUUCAAUGAUAUUAAUGAAGAAGAAAAUAGUGAUGAUCAACAACGUAUAAAUACAAAAUCAAUUAUAUCAGCAGAAGUCGAUUGACAAAAUGAUAUAAAAUUUGAAUAAUACAAUUGUCUAUGUGUUGACGAAUUUAUUAAAAAAAGAAUAGCUCAAAAACAAGUACAAAAAGGUGCUGAUGAAUCUGCAAUCAUAGAUAAAACCAUAUCUUCGCUCCUAAAAAAGAGUAGCACAUCAGAAAAAAAUGUCUUUUUUAUGCAUGUAUUUCGUAAUUUUUGAAGCUCCUGCUUAAAAUAAAUUUAUCUUCCUGGUAGAAUUUAAAGUAGUGAAACUGCUCAGUAGACUAUGCACUGGUCAGGACCAAUCUGCCUGUCAAAAAUAUGUUAACUGCUAAAACACUGGUUAGGGACUGCAAGGAUUGUGAAUUAUGCGAAAGACGGAGUUGACCUCGAAAAAGAGAUGCAGAAGCAUACAAUGUUUUAUAAAUACUUUUCAUAUUUUUUUAUUUAAAUAAUACAGAAAUAUAUUGAGAUAAAUUUUAGAUAAAAUGUCA